CUGUCUCUCGCUAUUAGUCACGAUUCUUACGACGACUUUCGAGUUUGCGUUAAAAGGGUGGAGAGUCGACUGAGAACACUUAACAGUCUGUUGGCGGGAGAGACGGAUAUGUGGUACGAGAGGGUAAAUAUUCACACUAUAAUUUUCUUAGCUCGUGAUUUUUUCUUUCGGUAUCGGUCCUUGAUUUCAAAGGUGCGGAAAUAGCAAAAUAGCUGGCUAUAUAUGCAAGCUGCAACGUGAAAAGAAACAAGGCCCUUGCAUCGCGAAAAAUUACUGCGCAAAAUUAUGGAACUUUCUGUAAAGCCUCGGCCGAGUCGCCAUCGAUAGCUGAAUCGCUAUCCUCUUUUUGCUCUUUUUGCAAUCAUCACACACUUCCUUAGUGCAGGAGUUAGACGUGCCGUUUCUACUUGGUUCCUUUGAGCGAGCGAAACGAACACAAAUCUCGAGAGAAUAUGAGUUAGGCCUCCCCCCGGGAGGAACUCAACAAAAUUUGGGGGGAGGGGAGGCUCCGUCUCUAGGUCCAAGCCCUUACCUUUUUCAGAGACCAUUUUUGACAGGUUAAAUACCCCUUUCGUAUACCUUUUAUUGAGAUGUGGUAACCCUUUCGUAUAUUAGGCUAAAACGCUCUAUCUUUGUUAACUGUUGUAAAACACCGUCUUUUAAAAUGGUAUGGUAAACUUGAAAGUUUUCUUAUCUUUUUCAGAGCCAUAAAAUGCGCCUGUUAGUCGUUCCAGCAGGUCUUGUCACAGACUGCAAUGACAGAUUUCUCUACACUUUCUUAUACUUCAACUACCCUUUGAUAUAA